AUCCCAUUCAAACUGCUACUGUAAAUCAUCCUGUUUAUAACUCAACUCCAAUUCACUGGAUAAUAAAACACGAGAAAAACCAGCGCAGCGUACUAUUUCCCCAUUUGGCUGAUAACUGCAUGAGCCGCAGACUGCGUUCCUUUCCACCCACAGCUGUCAGAAGAGAGCGGUGACGCAGAUCAAGAGCCGUCGAAGCGGCUGUCAAAGAUCUACUUCUCCCAAACAUCGAGUCUCUUUGUUAUUUCUCUCUAGACAACAAACCGUGGAGCAUAUUGCAUUAUUAUUCCGGAGUACAAUUCCUCUUUCUACCUGCUCGAAGGAUAAACACGGGUGUAUGUUACGAUGGCACAUAAUCUCCUAGGCCGAGGUUUACGAUCGCGCAACGGAUCUCGAAAUGCCUCGCCGGCCGGAAGCAGAUCGUCGUCACCUAGACCACCGAGUGAAUCCUCGCUGAUUCUCAAGAUAUACAUUAUAAAGGCCAAGGAUCUCGCCGCGCUUGAUCGAGGCGGAACAAGUGAUCCAUACGUCGUCAUCACAUUAGACGACUUCAAGGCGACCACGCAGGCAAUCUCAAAGACCCUGAAUCCAGAAUGGAACGCCGAGUUCUCGAUCGGCUUGUCUCCUGCUGUGUCGGAAUUACUGUUGAUCGAGGGGACCGUUUGGGACAAGGACCGGUUUAAAAAGGACUACCUGGGGAGCUUUGAUAUCUCGCUUCCAGAGCAUUUCGGCAGAGGCCAAGAGAAUGGGCUAGUAGUAGCUGAUAUCCCCACCAACAAACCACGAUGGUACGAUCUAUACUCCGCCAAAACCCGCAAAACAUACGUCAAAGGCUCCAUCUUUGUCAAACUCGCGCUCGCAGACACCACGGACCCGACCGCAUCUAACGACGUCCUCCUCGAGAAAUGGAAUGCAUUGCUCUCCAAAACCGGGCCGGCAGGGUCUAUCUCUGAUUACGAAUCAGACGGCCUGGCGUCGCCUAACAACGAGGAUGAAAGCGGUGUUUCGGAGAACGAGAGCGCGAGAUCGAAGUCUCGACGGCAAGAAAAGAGACGUGAGCGGCGACAGAGGCUUAAGCAGCGGCAGCUCAUGAAUCUCUAUCAAAGAGGCGGGGAUUCUGAUCUGGCUGGCGUGGUUUUCUUUGAGAUUGUCAAAGUUACGGAUCUACCUCCGGAGCGAAAUGUGACACGAACCGGUUUCGACAUGGAUCCCUUCGUCGUCGUUUCCCUCGGCAAAUCCGUCGUUCGCACUGACGUCCAGCGACACAACCUCAACCCGAUCUACAAUGACAAGUUUCUAUUCCAAAUCAUCGCUCGCGAGCAAAACUACGUGUUUACAAUCACCGUCAUUGACCGCGACGCGCUCUCAAACAACGACUUUGUUGCGCGCGCGCAGGUCCCGCUGCAGGAGAUAUUGAUGCUCGCGCAGAAGCCGAAUCCAGAGUCGGGCGUUUAUGAGUUUCAGCCGGCGAUGCAUGCGCAUGUGCCUAUCAAGAAGAAGCGGGUGGGAAAGAAAGAUUCCUCGACGGAGAACAAAAAGGAUGAGACGUCGUCGUCUUCAUCUUCUCCACCAGCGACAGACGACGAAACUAUGCAUACGUUUGAAAUCCCUUUAAUCCUAGCAAACAAGACUAAAUGGGAAGGCAAGCACCAGCCUGUGAUUGAAAUCAGAGCAAAAUACAUGCCGUACGAAGCCUUGCGACAGCAAUUCUGGCAUUAUCUGAUCCGGCAAUUCGACGACGACGACAGCGGGUAUAUAUCCCGAAUCGAGCUGUCGAAUAUGCUAGAGCAUAUCGGGUCUACUUUGCGCCAGCAGACUAUUGAGCGGUUCUUUUUGGAGAAUGGAAAGACGGAGAUCGAUGACGAUAUAGAGAUAGACAAAGUUGUCGCGUUCCUGGAAAGCCAGGUUGAGAAAGAGUGCCGCGAGAUGGUGGACUAUACUACCGGUAGCUCAUCGCGGGCAUCUGCGAUUCCGAUCCUAGUGCGCGCAGCCACCGCACAGCCGGAUGAAACAGAAGAGAGGGACGAUACCCUUACAGAAGCCACAGUAGCAGAGCUCGACCGUGAGCUCGAAGCAAUCUCAUCGGAAGACAAAGCCGAAGACAAAGCAGUCUCGCAAACCUCCUUCCCGCUUGACAUGGAAGCCUAUCUCGAAGAGAUCGACGAGGACGAGAGUGAGGUCGAGCGCGUGAUGACGAUAAGAGAGUGUCCGAUCUGUCACCAGCCCAGACUUGAUAUGAAGGCCGAAGUCGAUAUUGUCACGCAUCUCGCUUUGUGCGCGAGUCAGGGGUGGAGUCAGGUUGAUACCCUCGCGAUCAGCAGCCAUGUCACUGCCGAGCAAGCCUCGCGCAAAUGGGUGGGAAAGGUGGUAUCCAAAAUCUCUUAUGGAGGCUACAAACUGGGCGCAAACUCCGCAAACAUCCUGGUACAAGACCGAAUUACAGGUUACAUCUCCGAAGAGCGCAUGAGUCCAUACGUGCGCACUGGUAUCCGUUUGCUCUACCGGGGUCUUAAAGCUCGCGAGAUGGAACGUUCGAGGAUUCGGAAAAUGUUGGCGAGUAUGAGCGUCAAGCAAGGCAGGAAAUACGAUAACCCGAGAUCGGUGAAAGCUAUCAAGCCAUUCAUCCAGUUCCACCAGCUCGAUCUUUCAAGCGUUCUGAAGCCGCUGGAUCAGUUUAAAUCGUUCAAUGACUUUUUCUACCGCGAGCUAAAACCCGGAUCACGACCCUGCGCCGCCGCAAGCAACCCCAAGAUCGCCGUCUCGCCGGCAGACUGCCGCUCGGUCGUUUUCGAAAGCAUAGAAGAAGCCACCAAGAUCUGGAUCAAGGGCAAGGACUUUUCGAUCCGUCGUCUUUUUGGCGACGCGUACGCGGACGAGGUCAAGAGCUUUAUAGGCGGGUCGCUAGGGAUCUUUAGACUUGCGCCGCAGGAUUAUCACCGGUUUCAUGUGCCUGUGGAUGGAGUGCUUGGGAAGCCAAAGUUGAUUGAGGGGGCGUAUUAUACCGUCAAUCCGAUGGCGAUCCGGUCAGCACUAGAUGUCUACGGGGAAAACGUUCGGGUCUUGGUCCCCAUCGACUCUGAAGCUUUUGGUCGCGUGAUGAUUGUCUGCGUGGGCGCAAUGAUGGUAGGCAGCACCGUAAUCACCGCGCAGGCCGGCGCGCGCGUGUCGCGCACCGACGAACUCGGCUACUUCAAAUUCGGCGGCAGCACGCUCGUCGUCCUCUUCCAGCCGGGCAAGAUCUCGUGGGACUCUGAUCUGCGGCAAAACACCAAGGAGUCGCUCGAGACGCUGAUUGAGGUCGGCAUGUCGGUCGGGCAUGCGCCGGACGAGGCAGAAUGCGGGCUCGAGUAUGCGCGCAAACGGCUGUCGGCGGGCGAGACCGGCGAGUUGAGCGAGGAGGAGAUCGCGGAGGUGGCGAGGAGGAUUGAUGGCAGUCUUGCGCCGCUCAGACGGGAGGCGGAUGAGGAUUGAUGCGGGCGAUGAGUUCUCCGUAGAAAUGAAUUUGGUAUCGCUCUAUAAUAUAGUCGCAGAGUAGACAAGUUCUCUAUAAAAGUAAAAACCCCCCCUGAGUAGGGAAGUAACGGGGUUAGGGGAAUAUAAGUG